GGACCCAACACCACGGCGAUAGGAUAAGAUCUACUAGGUACGAUACUACUAUUCACGACAGCUUGUCCGUACCUACAUAUUAAACGUCAUUGGACAGUACAAAAGGGUCUUGGAUCAUUUAAACCUUAACGACGCAUACACGAACCUCUCAAAAUCCAGUUUCCACAUUCCGCAUUCCGUACGCCAAUUUCUCUAACUCUCAGCCUUGUCGAUUUAUAUCUUCGGGAUCUUCGAGCGUGCGACAACGAUAUCGAGUCGCGACCCCUCUCUCUUUAGAUCCAGUGGCGCCUUUGUAGGUGACGAUGAGUCGAGAUGAACACGGAAAUAAUACAAUGGAACAAGAACUUGCGCCCGAGCCGAAUAGUUCGGGUCUUCAACAUCGCCAAAGCGCAAUAGGGAACGCGAUCGUAAACGCCAAUGCUCAGUCGCCCAAUACGCAAUAUCGAAGCCGACCGGUCACAGUAGCUGUUGAUCCCGUAUCCCUAGUUAUAUCAGAAUGCAUUUCGGUUACCUCUGCUAUGCGAAAGCAUGCUCGGUGGGCGGGCUCAUCGGUAUCUUCCAUCCUCGGAGGCAAUCCGAAUCCCGUCCAGCUAGGUCCGCCUAGUCCUCUCCUACGGCCGGGUAGUAAAAGCUCUACAGCUAGCUUCGGAGCAGAUAGUGCCCAGGACUUUGGAGUCGCGAAUAGGUGGGGCUUGCGUGGGAAGAAAGGGAAGAGCUUUCAGGACAAUCCUCUGAUGGCUGGCUUUGGUCGUCUGCGCCAUGAAUUAUCGAGUUGUAAAGAUAUACACGACUUCGAUGCCCCCGCACUCCUAAACCCAUUCCUCCAAGUGAUCCAGGCUUCCUCGACCUCCGCCCCCAUAACCAUACUUGCACUAAAAGCGAUCCGAAAGUUCCUCUCCUACGGGUUCAUUAGCCCCGGCUCGCCACGAUUCCCUCUUGCCAUGCAAUCGUUGUCGACGGCAAUAACACACUGUCGCUUCGAGGCCAGCGAUUCUGCCCAAGAUGAGGUUGUACUGCUUAUGAUCUUGCACCUCAUGGAGGAUAUGCUCUCUGGUCCGGGCGGCGCAUUACUAAGCGAUGAAAGCGUUUGUGAAAUGAUGGAGACUGGCCUAACUAUGUGCUGCCAGUCACGUCUAUCCGAGCUUCUCCGUAGGACAGCCGAAGCGGCUAUGGUCCGUAUGUGUCAGAUCAUCUUUGAACACCUCAAACAUCUGGAAGUUGAAGCUGGCGACGACUUACAGGCCCUGGAUAACCAGGCCAAUGGGGACAUGGAAGGCGUUAAAAUGAUUCCGUCCACCAAUGGUAACGAUGUUAUUGCGUCUUCAGACGCCCCCACGACUAAUGAGCCACGAGAAUCAUCAUCUGGAUCCGAGAAUACCGCUCAUGAAGUGGAGGAUAGAUCGAGGAGGGAGUCCGAGGAAUCUGAUGAUGACACGGAAAUUAAACCUUAUUCAUUGCCGUCUAUGAAAGAACUCUUUAGGGUUCUCGUAGAUCUCUUGGAUCCUCACGACAAACAGCAAGGCGACACGAUGAGGGUCAUGGCAUUGCGCAUUAUUCAUGUUGCAUUGGAAGUUGCUGGACCUUCCAUAGCAAGACAUCCAGCCUUAGCUUUGGUCGCUGAAGAUCGUUUAUGCCGACAUCUGUUUCAGCUCGUCCGAUCUGAUAACAUGGCUAUUCUCCAAGAAUCACUUAUCGUGGCCGGGACACUACUUGAGACAUGUAGAGGUGUUUUGAAACUUCAGCAGGAGCUUUUCCUAUCCUACCUCAUCGCAUGUUUACAUCCACCAGUUGAAAUACCACGUGAACCUAAUAUCGACCCUUCACUUUAUGAUGGUAUCCCUCAAAGGCCGAGCGGUGUAAAACCUCCCCCAUCUCAAGCAGGUAGUGGGCGAUCAACACCAGUUCCGGUGAAAGACCGGCAGAAGCUGGGCAUGGAAGGUGGUGCUCGCAAACCGGAUGCUCGACAAGCAAUGGUUGAAAGUGUCGGCGCUCUGACUCGAAUGCCGGCUUUCCUAGUUGAGUUAUUUGUGAACUACGAUUCGGACGCAAACCGUGGUAACUUAUGUGAAGAUAUGAUCGGGUUACUUUCGAGGAGCGCCUUACCCGAUUCUGCGACCUGGAGUACAACUAGCGUCCCUCCACUGUGUUUGGAUGCUCUUCUUGGGUUUGUCCAAUCCAUAGCUGAGCGUCUAGACGAUGAGCCAUUUUCUGAUGGAUUGCCUGAUCAAACGACGUUACGAGAUGCAAGACGAAGGAAGAAGAUAAUUGUCAAGGGCGCCACUAAGUUUAAUGAGAAACCGAAAGAGGGAUUAGGAUAUCUCAAGGAACAGGGAAUCAUCGGUGAUGACGCUGCGUCGGUCGCGAAAUUUCUCAGAAGUACAUCACGAAUCUCCAAGGCUGUUCUUGGUGAAUUCCUCGCGAAAAGGGGUAACGAUGAGUACCUAGAGGCGUUUUUGGAUCUAUUCGACUUUUCUGGUAAGCGGGUCGAUGAAGCAGUUCGACUUCUUCUCGAGAGCUUCCGGCUUCCAGGCGAGUCGCCGCUUAUCGAGCGAAUAGUGACUACCUUCGCGGGGAAGUAUUUCGCAUCUUCGGGCUGUGAUAUUGUAAAAAGCGAAGAUGCAGUGUUCAUUCUUACAUAUGCAAUCAUUAUGCUCAAUGUUGAUCAACACAGCCCGAAGCUCAAAGGCAAACAGCGUAUGGAACUAGAAGACUUCGCGCGCAAUUUACGGGGCGUCAAUGCUUCGGAAGACUUCCCCCCUGAUUUCCUUGCCGCCACUUUCGAAGCAAUUAAAGUCAAUGAGAUCAUUCUCCCCGAUGAGCAUGAUAAUAGACAUGCGUUUGAUUACGCAUGGAGGGAGCUUUUGCUCAAGACUGAAUCUGCAGGGCCGUUAGUCCUUUGCGAUACCAAUAUCUACGACGCAGAUAUGUUUGCCGCUACCUGGAAGCCAAUCGUCUCGACAUUGUCUUAUGUGUUCAUGUCGGCCACCGACGAUGCGGUGUUUUCCCGGGUUGUCACUGGAUUCGAUCAGUGUGCUCAGAUUGCUUCCAGAUAUGGCGUUGCGGAUGCGCUAGACCGUAUCAUUCAGAACCUCAGCUACAUGACUGCCUUAGAUGAGGAUGAGUUGGCAAAGACUGGUCUGAACACGGAAGUUAAGGUAUCAGAUGAUAGUGACACCGUUAUGGUUAGCCAACUCGCCGUUAAGCUCGGCAGAGACUUCAAAGCGCAGCUCGCUACUCUCGUCCUCUUCCGUGUUGUGAAGGGCAGUGAACAUGUUAUUCAUCAUGGAUGGGAAUAUAUUAUCCGUAUCUGGUUGAAACUAUUCGUUAACGCCCUCAUUCCAUCGUUCUUUAAUGGCGACGAAGCAUUGAACUUUCCCAAAAUUCCUCUCCAUACACCAUCUCAGGUCAUCGACAGAGCGACGAAAACCACCGACGCGAGUUUAUUUUCAGCAUUAACCUCGUAUAUCUCCAGUUAUGCAGCCGACGACCCACCAGAACCAUCAUCCGAAGAGGUUGAGAGUUCAUUGAGUACAGCCGAUUGUAUCAAAGCCUGUGACCUAGAAAGCGUCUUUUCAAAUAUUGCGGCUCUUCCAGCCAACUCCCUAGCUCCACUCGUCGAAGCCUUAUUAAACGAACUACCUGAUGAUGAAAGCUCAACUGUUCCCGUUAUCACAGUUAAGCAAGAGAGCUUGCCGUCAUCGCCUUCUACCUCUAAACCUGCGUCUGGGAGACGAACCUAUGACCCCGCGGUCGUAUAUAUCCUUGAAUUCUGCUCGGUUCUUGCAUUGAGGGACGACGAAACCGUUGGACUGCUCGGCAAAGCAGUUGCAGAAGCUCUUCAGAUGAUUCUGCGCGAUUCUCCUCAACACCACCCCAUCCUUGUUUCGCGGGCGGUUUUCUAUCAGUUUAGCAUAUUAAAGGCUAGUUAUGAUCAUGACUUUGUACGAGCACCGGUCCUUCUACACGCUAUAUCCAGCUUCCCACCGGAAACUCUCUCAAAAACUUCGCAGUUAGUUCUGCAAGGAUUGAAAAUCUGUAUCGAACAACCAGGUCCUCUACGGAGCGAAAUCAUGACAUCACCUGAUUUUUGGGUUAUUCUACGCACUCUUGCUAGCAGCUCUAAUGCUUCUCCGACCGUCUUCGAGAUACUUGAGGGAGGAGUAUCGGGCUCGCCGUCUGCAAUAAUCGCGGAUAACUAUGAAGCUGCUAUCGCCUUGCUAAAUGAGUACGCCAACGCCGCUAAAAUCGGCGCUGCUGUUGAGCAGAAGGGUGAGAAAAGGCAGAGAAACGCUCGGCCACCUAAGAAAGAGGCCAGUGAUAAUGCUGUAGUCUCACGAGGCGUGAAAGCUAUCAAUCUCAUUUCUAGCAUGACAGCUCGUAUUCCUCAUUUGAUGAAACAGUCACACCUUGAGAAUAGUGAGGCCUGGUCGGCAUAUUGGUUACCUAUUUUUCAAGCUUUAACGGCACAGUGUACCAACCCGUGCCGCGAAGUGCGAUCCUUGGCAUUCUCGUCUCUUCAGAGGUCACUUUUGUCUCCCGAGUUAACCUGUAGCGACCACAAGGAAUGGACUGCUAUUUUCGGAGAGGUCCUGUUCCCUCUAAUCUUACGACUCCUAAAACCAGAAGUAUACUCAUCAGAUCGGGAUGGCAUGAGUGAAACGAGAGUACAGGCAGCCUCGCUUCUAUGCAAGACAUUCCUGCAAUACCUUGUGCUUCUCUCCAAAUGGGAUGGUAUGCUAGAUCUAUGGCUCAAAAUCAUCGACAUCAUGGAUAGGUUGAUGAAUAGCGGACAAGGUGAUAGUCUUGAGGAGGCUGUCCCCGAGAAUCUGAAAAACGUACUCCUAUUUAUGGCUAGCAGUGGGUACCUUGUUCCGCCGAGCAAAGAUCCCUCGCAGGAGAAACUGUGGGUAGAAACAUGGAAACGCAUUGAUCGUUUUCUACCUGAUUUGCGUACCGAAUUAGCAUUAGAAGAGCCGGAGGCGGUGCAGGAAGAGCAACCGCCACAAGUGGAACAACCAGUUGAGCCAGUUGAGCAGCAAGUAGAUAAGAAAAGCAUUGUUCAGGAGGAGGUUGCAGCAACUUGAUAGUCGACAAGGAGACGUGGUAUGUGUGUACCCUUUGUGGAUGGGAGCUAUUACAAGUUUUACGAUAUCAUAGACAGUACGUGCAGUGCGAAUAGAGAUGGGGCUGCCUUAGUUGUGUGGAUUGUAUAAUAGAGAGAGUUGAAGAGGGGCGGCCCCUGGAGUGCAAAAUACCUAUAUACCUAACUUAUUCCCUAAUAAAAUGGCGACGACAUUAUGCGAAAAUAGGGAAAACGGCGUAAAAGUAGGGAUUAAUAAUUGCUUACCUAACGUUUCUUGUUUUCCUAAUGGAAAAUUCUUAC